GCGGCGACGCUUGCGGACCCUCAGGGAGCCGAGGACUAGGCCGCGGGACCGCGCCCCCAAGUAGCAGAAAGAGAAUGAAAGAAGUAGAUAAUCUUGAUAGUGUAAAAGAAGACUGGGUUUGUGAAACAGGACCUCCUGACAAUCAGCCCCUCAAUGAUAAUCAGCAAAGGAACUGUGACUAUUUCGUUGACAGCCUUUUUGAGGAAGCAGAGAAGGUUGGCGCCAAAUGCUUGUCCCCCACUGAACAGAAGAAACAGGUAGAUGUAAAUAUAAAAUUGUGGGAAAAUGGAUUCACAGUCAAUGAUGACUUUAGAAGUUACUCUGAUGGUGCAAGUCAGCAGUUUCUGAACUCCAUCAAAAAGGGGGAAUUGCCUUCAGAAUUGCGGGGAAUUUUUGAUAAAGAAGAGGUGGAUGUUAAAGUGGAAGAUAAAAAAAAUGAAGUAUGUAUGUCUACAAAGCCCGUGUUCCAGCCCUUCUCAGGACAGGGUCACAGACUAGGAAGUGCUACACCAAAAAUCGUUUCUAAAGCAAAGAGUAUCGAAGUUGAAAAUAAAAGUGCUCUGUCUGCUGUUUCACUGAACAACUUGGAGCCCAUCACCAGGAUCCAGAUCUGGUUGGCCAACGGGGAAAGGACUGUCCAAAGAUUUAAUGUUUCUCAUAGGGUGAGCCACAUCAAAGACUUCAUUGAAAAAUACCAAGGAUCUCAGAGAAGCCCCCCCUUUGCCCUGGCAACGGCUCUUCCUUUUCUCAGACUUCUGGAUGAGACACUGACAUUGGAAGAAGCAGAUUUACAGAAUGCUGUAAUCAUUCAGAGACUCCAGCAAACUGCGGAGCCGUUUAGAAAACUCUGAUAGUUUUGAGAGACUGAGAGAAAUGAUGGUUGGAAGUGGACAUGCAGAAGUGGGAGACAGAAGUCAGUUUGCCUGAGCUUGUGGUUUGAGUGCUACUUAAUUCCUUAGGAGGAUGUUUAAAUAAUCACAAGUUAGGAGAGUAAUGUAUGGCUGGAAACCACAGUUAAUGCACUUUUCUCAAAGGCCACUCAGAAAACAAUGUGUAUCUUCAAAUACUAGUUAACCAACAUGAUAUAUUAAAUAGCUAUAUAAUUAAUCUUCAUGUGGUCUAAAUUAGCAGAGUAUUAGCAUUGAAACAUUAUUUCCAAAUAGCAAAUAUUAAUAUAAAUGUUAGCUUUCUCAGUUUUUAAAUAGCAAUACAUUAAAUAUUGUACAUGACAUGUUAAAAGCAUCAAUGUUAUUAUUGUAUUGCCUAUACCUAACCCUCACAGCUUCUCAGUUUUCACUCUAUGAUGACAAGAGAUAUUCAAGUAUUAAUUUAGCAAGAGUAUCUAAGAUGUAUAAUCUUUUAGGAAUAAAAUUGUGUAGCUUAGUACAAUGUUAGUAUUAAUGUGCCUACACACUUUUCUAUACCUUCUAUAUGUAAUUUUAUGGACUGAGAUAGAUGGGUUCAGUGGUAGAGUAUUUACCAAGCAUAUAUGAGACCCCAGAUUCAAUCAAUCUCCAUCAAAUUAAAAAAAAAACUUUAAAUAUGAAAUGUAAAAGCACUCACAAAAAUUCUCCAAGAACCACAGUUGAUUCUCUUCCUACUUUCUCCCCAAAAACUAGGAAUUUAAUUUUAGCUAACAUUUGUAGUUAGCCUUUCAUUUGCACCACUCAACCAAAAUCUACUUUAUCAUAUUACAUAUUUGUGAAUGUUUCUUAAAUUCACAAAAAGUACACAUUUUCUACUUCAUAUCACAGUAAACCUGUGUAGACAUUCUAGGAAAACAUGCUUAGUAUAUUAUACUUUUAACUGAAAACAAAUUAUGUUUCAAUUUUCAGAUUAAAUCCCUGUGUUUGGAAAUAAGUUAAAUGAACUAUUUUGCAUAUGAUCUAUUGAAUUAAACUUUAAGUAAUUAAAAUAUAAAUAAAAAUUAAUAAAAACAAAAGUGAGGUAUAUAUUAUAGCAAGGAUUAAGUGACCCAUACCAGCAACAGUAUCCAUAGGGUGCUGGAUGUAUGCUAUAAACCUUUUAUGUGAGUGAACUAUUUUGCAAAUGGUCUAUUGAAUUAAACUUUAAGUAAUUAAAAUAUAAAUAAAAAUUAAUAAAAACAAAAGUGAAGUAUACAUUGUAGCAAGGAUUAAGUGGCCCAUACCAGCAACAGUAUCCAUAGGGUGCUGGAUGUAUGCUAUAAACCUUUUAUGUGAGUUAUAUGUAUAAUAGUAUUAAAAACUCAAAAGUUUGACCAGGUGAUGGUGCAUACCUUUAGUCCCAGCAUUCUGGAGGCAGACACUGGCAGAUCUGAGUUCAAGGCCAGCCUGGUCUACAUAGUGAGUUCCAGGACAGCCAGGGCUAUAUAGAGAAACCCUGUGGGGUGUGUGGGGGAAACCUCAAAGCUUUCAAAUAUUUAUUCCUUUAAAAAUAAUAACUUCCAAGCUGCCCACAGUGGUGCGUGCCCUGUAGCUUUCGCUCACACCCUCACACCAAACUGAGAGGGGAGGGUCACUUGAGCCCAGGAAUUCAGAUCAGCCUAAGGAACAUAGAAAAGUCCUGUCUCUACAGUAACAACUUUCAAUCCUGGAGGGAUGGCUCAGCAGUUAAGACCACUGGCUGCUUUUGCUGUGGACCCAGGUUCAAUUCCCAGCACCCACACGGCAACUCACAAUCACCUGUAACUCCUGAUUCUAGGCAUCCAGCUCCCUCUUCUGACCUCUGUGGGUACUGCACUCAAGUGAUACAUGGCAGGAAAAACACAUAUACAUACGUUAAUUUUUUUAAAGAUUUAGAUAAAUAAUAAUUUCCAAAGCAUGAAAAGAUUUCUUGAGAAAGGUGAUGUGUUUUUCCCAAAAGUUUGUCUGACAAUGAAUAUAAAUGAGUCUCACCUGUUCCUGUAUUCACUAUGUUGUAGUAUCACUCACUUGAUAGCCUCUAGAAGACAGCCUUUUUCAUUGGUGAGAGUAAAAAGAAACGUAACACUACAUGAUUAGGAAAGACAUUCUGACAGAGGGUCAUUUGGGAGUCCUUCCCAAAGGGCCAAUACCUGGCCAAACAUGGUAGCCCACAUCUGUGAUCAUAGCACUUCGGAGGCUGAGGCAGAAGGAUUACCAUGAGGUCAAGGGCAGCUUGGGCUGCAGAAUGAGACUGUCUU